CAGCUCGUCAUUCCGUUAAGGUCACCCUUUCCACGCGUGAGAGAGAGUUUUUUGGUGUACUAAAUUUUCGAAAUUUCGAAAAUGGAAGAAAUUUUCCGACUUGAAAACGACACGGAUUGGAUUGAAAAUGUGACGAUACGAUUGAAGGAAGAUGACGAAGUGGUCGCUUACACGUAUGCACCCGGCGAUGCGGCGUGGACCUUGGUGUCGACGGCGAUGGUGUGGCUGAUGGUGCCGGGGGUGGGGUUCCUCUACUGCGGAAUGGCCAGGAGUAAGAGUGCCCUUUCCUUACUGUCGCUGUGUCUUUGGUCGACGGCGAUUGUUUCGGUGCAGUGGUUCCUGUUCGGCUAUUCUCUCUCCUUCAGUAACAAGGGGAACGAGAUAAUUGGUCAUUUCGACAAAGCCUUCCUCAUGGGCGUGGCUGAUGCUCCGUCUGAAGCAAACCCUAGAAUUCCAGAAAUCUUGUUUUGCAUUUACCAAGGAAUGUUUGCAGCAAUUACGCCAGCCCUCGUUAUUGGCUCGACGGCGGAAAGGGGUCGAUUUCUACCAACAAUUCUCUUCAUGUUUCUGUGGACAACGUUAGUUUAUGACUUCAUCUGCUACUGGGUGUGGGGUCCGAAUGGGUGGUACUUCGUUCUAGGAGGCCUCGACUUCGCCGGCGGCCUUCCCGUUCACCUCGCAUCGGGCGUGAGUGCGGCGGUGUACGCGUGGCUUUUGGAGGAGCGAGAAGAUCAUAUUAAGGACGCCAAGCCACACAACAUCGUCCAAGUCAUCUUGGGAACGUCGCUUAUCUGGUUUGGAUACUUUGGAUUUAACGGCGGCUCAGCGAUGGGGGCAAAUACUCGGGCCGCGAUUGUUGUCUGCAACACAAAUAUUUCCGCUUGUGUGGGUGCAGUCACGUGGGCGCUGAUGGAUUACGCGAGGGAUAAGAAGUUUUCUUCUUUGAGCUUCUGUUUCGGGGCGAUCAGUGGACUUGUGACAGUAACUCCAGCCUCCGGUUUUAUCCUACCCGCUGCUUCACUCGCAUUCGGAUUUCUUGGCGCUGUCGGAUGUCGUGCCGCCGUUCAGUUAAAGAAACUCGUCUCUGUUGACGAUGCCCUCGAUGUUCUUGCAAUUCACGGCGUGGGCGGCGGUCUGGGGACCAUUCUGUGCGGAAUAUUUGCACAAAACGAUAUCACCGGUUUGGACGGGAUGAGUGCUAUUCCAGGCGGGUGGUUGGAUGGGAUUGAAGCCCGCUGGAUUCAAAUCGUUUACCAGUUAGCUGGUUGUGGUGCUGCGACCGUGUGGUCCGUCUUUGUCACUUUUGCGAUUUUGUUCGUGAUGAAUAAAAUUCCGGGGUUGAAACUUCGCGUUAAUUCGCACACGGCCGGCGCAGGGAUUGAUAGUAUGCAGAUGGGUGAAAAGGCGUAUGAAUAUGACCCAGUCCCCACGCAUGCGCCAGAACAUUCUGGCGCGAGGAGGGGCAGCAUUGCGGCAGCGCUGCAUCACAUCAAAAGGAUGACGGUGAACGAUUAAAUUUACAAUGAUGCAAUUGUAAUACGUGAUUUCGUAUUGUAGUAAUUUCUUUUGGAAUUAUUAAUUGAUGUAUAAAGAUGGAAUAAAUAAAUAUUCGAAAAUGACA